AUGUCAAACAAGGAUAUAACACUAAAUGGAACUUCUUUGCUCAAUAAACCGUUGGUGAAAGAUUGUCCUGAAGUUGACUUAACAUAUUUAAAAAAUGUAGACAAUGAAUAUUCGUUAAUGAUAUCCCCUUGUAUAGGUGAACAAGGUGAAAAACGGGGUGGAACAUCACGUGAUAAUGAAUAUGAUCUCCAAUUUAAUGAUCAUGGAACACCAAAAAGAACAAGAUCAGUUCAACGAAAACCACGUACAGUUACUAAUUCUUCUUAUGUAGCGACAACUACAUCCAAUAAGAAUUUUUUUCAUCAGAGAAUGGACUACGCUAACAACCAUUUACUUAAUAAACAGAACGAAACAAUGGUUAAUUCUGAAGGAAAUUAUAAUAAUAAGUUUAAUAUUACAAACGAUGCUGUUGCAGAUUCAGUUGAUCAAUCUUUUUCACCUAUUAAAAUUAUAUGCCAAUCAAUAGUAAAUGAACAAAAAGAUGGUGCAAACAUGAUCAAGAAAUUACUCAAACUCAUUGUUGAUGAUUUUAAACAAAUUAAACCGAAGCACAAAGAGGUUAUUGGAUUUGAAUCGUGGUAUACUCACAUUAAAGGCAAUUUACAAUGUAUUACCCGUGAUGUUAAAUUAUUUAUCUAUUUCUGUAAUGUUAAACAUAUUCCUAAUAUGAUAUUGGAUACAAAAAUUACGGUGGUUUUACCAGAGCAUUUACCUGCCCAACGUUCUGUUAUUAUUAAAGGUGUACCUAACACAUUUAGUAUUGAUGAUAUCAAAAAUGAAAUUAUGAAUAAAUAUAAGUCAAUGUAUUCAAUUAUAGAAUUAGUAGGCACAAAUAAUCAUAGAACAAGAUAUCUACGACUCUAUUUAACUGAUACAAAUGAAUAUAAACAAUUACUUAAUUCUGGAAUAAUAUGCAUCGAAAGUCAAUGUUUACAUGUUUUUGAAUAUCUUGCAGCUCCUCGUGUUCUUUUCUGCUCAAUGUUCAAUUUUUCCGGUCAUAACAAAAAUUGUCAUAAUUGUAAGGAGGAACAUGUUUCUACUGAUUUUAGAUGCCAAACUGUUCAAAAUUACCGUCGUGAUCUUAUACAUUAUCUUAAACAACAUCCCGAAAGAUUACCUGCUGAUACUCAAUUUUUUAUUCCUUCUCAAUAUUGUUUACAUGGUGAAAAUGUUCUGUAUAAUAAACGUCCAUAUCCUCAACUGAUGACUAUUUCACUCAAUAGGAAAUAUCAAAUUACAAUUACCAAUGAUGAUUGGCCUUCGUUACCACCUCCUACACGUUCCACCAUCAGUUAUUCUAAAUACACUAGCUCAUCUUCAUCUGAUGCUAUUAAAAAUUUACAAUUACAACUGAACCAUUUAGAUAAAUGCUGCUCUAUUGAUAAAAAAAUAUGA